AGUGGUACAGUCCUUUCCUCUUCCUCUGGACCUAAAAUGGCGGCGCCUGAAGGGAGGCUGGAGAGGGGCUUAGCAUGGCUGUCUUCCUUUCCCCAGUAGAUUCAGGGGCUGGGGAUUAACCAGCGGCUGUGAUUACAGCAGCAACUUUUAGUGAGCACAUUUGAAAAGGUACCAUGACAUCAAUUAUCAAGUUAACCACCCUCUCAGGGGUGCAAGAAGAAUCAGCUCUCUGUUAUUUACUUCAAGUAGAUGAGUUUCGCUUCCUAUUGGAUUGUGGCUGGGAUGAGAAUUUUUCUAUGGACAUCAUUGAUUCCCUGAGGAAACAUGUUCAUCAGGUUGAUGCAGUACUUCUUUCACACCCAGAUCCUUUACAUCUAGGUGCACUUCCAUAUGCAGUAGGAAAGAUGGGUUUGAAUUGUGCUAUUUAUGCAACCAUUCCAGUGUACAAAAUGGGCCAGAUGUUCAUGUAUGAUCUCUACCAGUCACGGCACAAUACAGAAGACUUCACUUUGUUUACCCUGGAUGAUGUGGAUGCGGCUUUUGAUAAAAUACAACAAUUAAAAUUUUCUCAGAUUGUCAACUUGAAAGGGAAAGGACAUGGUUUGUCCAUAACACCAUUACCGGCAGGCCAUAUGAUAGGCGGUACAAUUUGGAAGAUAGUCAAAGAUGGAGAAGAAGAAAUAGUUUAUGCGGUAGACUUCAACCACAAGAGGGAGAUCCAUUUAAAUGGAUGUUCCCUGGAAAUGUUAAGUAGGCCUUCCUUGCUUAUCACUGAUUCCUUUAAUGCUACCUAUGUACAACCAAGACGGAAGCAAAGAGAUGAACAACUGCUGACAAAUGUCCUGGAAACACUUAGAGGUGAUGGAAAUGUCCUAAUAGCUGUGGACACUGCAGGCAGAGUUUUGGAACUUGCCCAGCUGCUUGAUCAAAUAUGGAGGACAAAAGAUGCCGGCUUAGGUGUCUACUCUUUAGCCCUUUUAAAUAAUGUCAGCUACAAUGUUGUGGAGUUCUCGAAAUCACAGGUAGAAUGGAUGAGUGACAAGUUGAUGAGAUGCUUUGAAGAUAAGAGGAACAAUCCUUUCCAGUUUCGUCAUCUAUCUCUCUGUCAUGGACUUGCAGAUUUGGCUCGAGUUCCUAGUCCCAAAGUAGUUCUUGCCAGUCAGCCAGAUCUGGACUGUGGAUUUUCAAGAGAUCUCUUUAUACAAUGGUGUCAGGACCCCAAAAACUCUAUCAUUUUGACAUAUAGAACCACUCCCGGGACUCUGGCACGAUUUCUAAUAGAUAACCCUUCUGAAAAAGUUAUAGACAUAGAGUUGAGGAAAAGGGUCAAACUUGAAGGAAAGGAACUUGAAGAGUACCUGGAGAAGGAGAAACUCAAAAAAGAGGCAGCUAAAAAAUUAGAACAGUCAAAAGAAGCUGACAUUGAUUCCAGUGAUGAAAGUGAUGCAGAAGAGGACAUUGAUCAACCAUCUGUUCAUAAAACUAAACAUGAUUUGAUGAUGAAAGGGGAAGGUAACCGGAAAGGAAGCUUCUUCAAACAGGCCAAAAAGUCUUAUCCUAUGUUUCCAGCUCCAGAAGAGAGAAUUAAAUGGGAUGAAUAUGGAGAGAUUAUCAAACCUGAAGAUUUCCUUGUUCCAGAAUUGCAGGCAACAGAGGAAGAAAAAAACAAGUUAGAAUCAGGGCUUACAAAUGGAGAAGAACCUAUGGACCAGGAUUUAUCAGAUGUUCCUACCAAAUGCAUUUCAGCAACAGAAUCAAUGGAAAUAAAAGCUCGUGUUACAUAUAUAGACUAUGAAGGUCGAUCAGAUGGGGACUCCAUUAAAAAAAUCAUUAAUCAGAUGAAGCCACGGCAAUUGGUCAUCGUCCAUGGACCACCUGAAGCCAGUCAGGAUCUUGCAGAGUCCUGUAGAGCUUUUGGUGGAAAAGAUAUCAAAGUUUACAUGCCCAAACUGCAUGAAACUGUAGAUGCAACCAGUGAGACUCACAUAUACCAGGUUAGGUUAAAAGAUUCCCUUGUCAGUUCUCUUCAGUUUUGCAAAGCUAAAGAUGCUGAAUUGGCAUGGAUAGAUGGAGUCCUAGACAUGCGGGUUUCAAAAGUGGACACUGGAGUGAUUUUGGAAGAAGGGGAACUGAGAGAUGAUGGAGAAGACACGGAAAUGCAAGUGGAUGCUUCCUCUUCAGAUUCCAGUACUGUAGCACAGCAAAAGGUCAUAAAGAGUCUCUUUGGAGAUGAUGACAAAGAAAUAUGUGAGGAGAGUGAGAUCAUCCCUACUUUGGAGCCCUUGCCUCCAAAUGAGGUUCCUGGACAUCAGUCUGUCUUCAUGAAUGAACCAAGGCUGUCUGACUUUAAGCAGGUUCUACUGCGAGAAGGAAUCCAAGCUGAAUUUGUAGGAGGAGUCCUUGUAUGUAACAACUUGGUAGCUGUACGCAGAACUGAAACAGGACGUAUUGGAUUGGAAGGCUGUCUCUGUGAAGACUUCUAUAAAAUUAGAGAUCUUUUAUAUGAACAGUAUGCCAUUGUCUAAAGGAGAACUGUAAAUAUGAUACAUAUGGACUUGAUUUAUUUUUAUGGAAUUUUUUCAGAGCACAUGUGUACAAGGACCAAUAAUAGCCUUUACCUUUCCAUUGACAGAACAUAAUUAGGUAUACCAGAGAUCAAGUAGCUCUACAUAAAUGUUCUGUAUAUUUUCCCAGUUUUAUUUUUCAGUUCAAUAUUUUUGUUAGGAAGAACCUGUUUAACAGUAUUUCACUUGCAAGGUUUUUUUUGUUGUUGUUUUUGAGGGGGACGGUUUGGAAGUGUGGUCAGUUGUUCUGAGUUGGAUUCAGUCUAAGUUGCAUUUAGCUCCUGUUGAACCUGAUGGGGUUGAGUAAUUGUUAAUCUGUCUCAUUGAUUUCGGUGCUAAGUAAAAUUCAGUCUGGAUCCAGUCCUUUAAGGUUAUGCUUAAAAAUGCAAACUGUAUUUGUCAAAAAACCAGUUUUCCUGUUUUGCUAUUAAAAUAUUUUCUUCCAAAUA